GAGCUGCCACGGAGACAGUUUGCAAGAUUUGGGAACAAUAUCUGUGCCAUAAAUGAAAAAAAAAGCGCAGAAGCUGUGCAGUGCGGACAGGUUAAGACAGAGAAUGAGUCACUAAACGCUGUUAUUCAGGGCUGUGCUGCGGCUGCUUACUAUUGACUACACACACCUACUUUGGAAGUGAGGGUUUAGAACGUGGGUCGGCAGCCUUGGAAUUACAGUCCACCUCACGCGUGUCAUGUGUCUACGUGGUUCACGCAAACGCCUGUUGUGAAUGGCUUCGCAUCAUUCCAGAGUCGUUUAUGAAUGAAGUGUUUUUCAUAUUAGGGAUAAACAUGGACAGGUUUGGCGGCGAAGUACGGCUGGUGAAUCCGUGCGCACCGGAGCGCAUACUUGGCUGAAGCUUCGGAUUCUUCUGUCAGUUACUUUUCGGCCGUCAACUUGUCUCUGUGCAUCGGUACUUUUGCAAAGCGCUCUCGGGCAACUGCUGAAUCGGCUGAAAUGGAUAUGUCUAAACAAAUGCUGAUUUUAUACCUAACCUGCUCGUUUGGACCCAUGCUGUCUGUCCAGAUGUGUGAGGUCAUGUGGGAGCUGGAAGCGGAGAAAGGAGAAUGUUUGUCCAAGCUGGAAAACAUCACGUCAGAUCUGAUCAGAACUCAGUUGAAGAUUCUAAAGGCCAGUUCACUCUGCACUGACAGAUGCCAACAAACACCAACCGAUGACGACAGGGGCUGCACAGGCGAAUGGGAUUUAGCAUGCUGGCCAUCAGCUAGGAUUGGAGAGUUGGUCACCAUCCCCUGUCCAAAUUACUUCAGCCAUGUCAGUGAUCAAAGAGGAAACAUAUCGAAGAGCUGUACUACCAAUGGCUGGACAGAAAUAAACCCAGUUGUCGUUGCAUAUAACUGUGGCUAUAACCCCAAUAUCACGGAGGAUGGAAACAUGGGUGAAUUCCUGGGCUCUGUGAGAAUUGGAUACACUAUUGGUCACACAGUGUCUCUUAUAUCCCUCAUCAUCGCCAUCAUCAUUCUAUGCUUUUUCAGAAAACUCCACUGCACAAGGAACUACAUCCAUAUUCACCUAUUCAUGUCCUUUAUACUAAAGGCUGUGGCUGUAAUAAUGAAGGAUGUAGUCCUGUAUGAGGUGGAGGAACUUGAUGACUGCCACUAUGGAUCUGUGGGCUGCAAGGCUGCAGUGGUUUUCUUCCAGUAUGGCGUCAUAGCCAGUUUCUUCUGGUUACUGGUGGAGGGUCUGUAUCUGCACGCUCUCCUGGCCGUUUCCUUCUUCUCUGAGAGGAAGUACUUCUGGUGGUACAUUCUCAUUGGCUGGGGAGUUCCAGGUGUCUUCAUAACAAUCUGGAGCAUCACAAAAGCUUAUUUACAUGAUAUUGGAUGUUGGGAUUUUAUUGACGAUGAUCUGUGGUGGAUUAUAAAAACGCCUACAUUGGUAACAAUACUGAUGAACUUCAUUCUCUUUAUUUGUAUCAUCCGGAUACUUCGUCAGAAAAUCAGCUGCCGGGAUAUUGGGAGAAAUGAAUCACACCAGUACUCGAGACUGGCGAAAUCAACUCUACUUUUGAUUCCCUUGUUUGGGAUAAACUACAUUAUCUUUGCCUUCAUGCCUCAUCACAUCGAGUCUUAUGUGCGUCUGGUGUUUGACUUGAUCCUGGGGUCGUUUCAGGGAUUUUGCGUUGCUGUCCUGUACUGUUUUCUAAAUGGAGAGGUUCAGUCUGAGAUCAAACGAAAGUGGAGGCGGUGGCACAUGCAGAGAUUUCUGGGAGCUGACACCAAGUAUCAGCAGCCCUCAAUGGCAAGCAACGGCCUCAACUUCAGCUCCCAAAUCACCAUGAUGACGAAAUGCAGCCCCUCCACACGCCGUGCUUCUGCCUGUCAAGAUGACUUCUCCACCAUCUGAGCGCUGAGUGAUGCUCCGUCUAUAACUAGACACAAAAACCAAUGUGUCUGUGCUUUACACGCACAGAAAGGCUGUCACCCGGACCACCUCCAUCAUCUGCAGGUUGCUGCUCUGACAUCAUUCCUGUAGGAACUGCGCAUCUCACUGCUCAGUAGGAACGUGAGGGAAACCGUGCGGCUCAAAGCUCAUGGUGACGGUUUGGCAUAUGAUGCAUCUUCAUAGCCGUUCUUUCAUACACAUCAUAGGAGAAAUGGAUUCUUUGACAUUUGCUUGUGUUUCAUCAAACUACUGACUUGCGAGGAUGCGAUCAGAGCUCAUUUUGUUGCUGAGAAGACUUGUCUGAAUCAUGAGCCACAUCCAUUGCGCCAUUUUUGUGCACAACAACACAGACAUUAAUCCUCAGCAUUCGAGUUGGUAUCUGUCGGUCGUGUUUUGUUCUUAUUAUGCUGCUGAAGAUUUCUCAGACUCUUAAUAAUCUGUAAAGCUGAACGGUGACCUUUUGGGUCUCUAGUGACCAGGUUUUAUUUUUAUCUUCUUCCUUAUUCCAGGAAAAAAGUAAUGUGAUUUAGACACUCUGACAUUCUGCUACAAUCCUGUUUUUGCAUCCUCCCUAUUUGUGUCAUGUGCUUGCAUAUUUUUGUACAUGUGGACGAACACAAAUGUCUCUCAUCGACAGCCAUAAAAGCAUGUUUACUUCUGCAGCAGGAAUAAAGUGUGUCAUUCUGUAUGUUUUAUAACAGUGAUUUAUAGUGUAAUAGUGUAUAGUUCUAUAUAAAAAUGUACAUGGGUUGUGUAAGUGUGCAUUUGUCACAUAAAAAAACAAUUGCAAAUGAUGCAUUUUUAGGAGAUUGGUCUUUCUAAAGAGGAUUUUUAGUCUGAAAUCUUUUAAGUACAUGCAUAGUGUUAGUCAUAGUUGCUGGCAUUAAAAUGCUCUCGCAUGUUUGCAUGCACAGUUCUUGUACCUCGGUGUGAGUAAGAUGUACGUUUUAAGGUAAAAUGUCAAUAAGAGUGUUGUUGCUGUUUUUAGAAGUGUAUUGUGGAUAUUGUCAUAGAAAAGUAUGACACGGAUCAAUUUUAUUAUUAGAUCUUAGUAUGUCUUUUCUCUUUAUAUGAAAGUAUUUAUAUGCUAGUCAGAGAAAAUUAUUGAUUUUUCUAUUAAAUUAUGUAUUGUGUAUUAUUUUAUAUUUAAUAAUCAUCACCAUGACCAAUGUGCAAUUUGUUUAUUAUUUUAUUUUCAAUUUUGGUAUUAAGAGGUCAUUGCCUUCUACGUUUAUCUAUCUAUUGGGGCGUUUCCUCUGAGGAGGCAAGGGAGGCAGUGUCAAAAUUGUAUAAAUCACACAUUUUUCUGAACUAAAUCCGUCCAAAAGCAACACCAGCAUGUAAAGUUACAGCGGGAGUCCUCGUCUCUCUUGCCUCCCCUGUGCCCAUUGAGUUUUAACAGACCCCCUAAAGCGAUAUGAUUGGAUAUGACUGAUUAUGUUCGACUGUGACUGGUUCAUAUGAAAAGUCCUGCCUCUUGUGUUUGUGUAUGUUCCGAGUUCGCAAAUCAGUCUGGAAUGAGCAAUAUAAUGCCGUUAAUGGGAAGACUAAUAAAAACGUAAUUAAACAACUUACACACUUAGAUAUAUCCACUUUGUCAAGUCAAAAUUAAACUUAGUCUGAAAACAUGAUCUGUGGGGGUUGUUGAAAUUAAAGGUAGGCCUACUUCUCCACAUCUGUGACCAGUGUUUACCAAGCUUUGAUGACUGAUGAUCUGAAAAUAAGUUUACUAUGAAAAAGAACAGCUGAACAUCAGUUCAUAAAUAAAAAAUAUA